AUGGUAGCAACACUAGGGAAUGAUGCCCCUUCAUAUGCCACAGUUAAAAGGUGGGUGGCCAAAUUUAAGCAAGGAAAAGAGAGCAUUGAGGAUGACGCCCAUCCUGGGAGGCCUGUCACAGUUGCCACCCCAGAAAUGGUCAAUAAAGUCUAUGAUAUUGUGAUGACCGACAGGCGUGUUACAGAAAGAUAUGUAGCCAGUACUCACUUUGUGUCAGAUUAUGACGUCAUAGGUGAAGUGGAGGGGUUUCUGAACGGCCAAGAGAAGGGCUUCUAUAAAAGUGGCAUAGAGGCUCUCAAAACUCGCUGGCAAAAGUGUAUAGAUACUCAAAGAGACUAUGUUGAAAAAUAA